AUGUGUAUUCGCACACUCUGCUGCUGCCUCUGCCGAAGGCACAAGAAGAAGAAGCAGGCCGAGAAAGAGAAGGCCAUGCGUCAACAAUACGGCCCGCGGCCUGUCCAGCCCGGCACGGGAUAUCACCAAAACUACUACUACCAAAAUGGGUACUACUCCCAGGGGCAGUCGGCGCCCUACAAGAGCAGCUACAAUAGUCGGAACAAGAAGAAGAACAAGAAGAUGAAGCAAAAAUACUACGACGAUCGGUACAACGUGGACUAUAGCGGAGGCGGUGAUGGCGGUUGUGGGUGUUCCGGAGGAGACGGAGGAGGUGACGGGGGUGGAGAUGGUGGUGGUGGAGGAGGAGGAGACGGCGGCGGCGGUGGAGGAGCCAUAGGCGCAAGCAGGUCCCUGGGAACCGUGGCCACGCUCGCCACGGCCUGCUGCCUCUCUGUCUACUGUCUAUAUGUCCGGCCUGCGCUCCGGCAUGAGAAUAAGACUACGGCUACCAUCCUAGCCAAGACCCGGCGGAGGAGCUUGGUGGCAAGGAGACAGGAGCUGGAGCCGGAGCCGUACCCCCAGGAUGUGUUCCCGGGAGGGCGAGAGGUUGAGACGCCAUAUGGAACCAUCCAAGUGUUUGAAUGGGGGCCGGAGAACGGCGAAAAGGUAGCCGUUGUACAUGGGAUUGGUACACCUUGUAUUGCUCUGGGUGACAUGGCCAAGCAAUUCGUUGCAAAAGGAUGCAGGGUCCUCCUCUUCGACUUGUUCGGAAGAGGUUACUCGGACGCUCCCGGGGAUCUCCCAUAUGAUGACCGUCUGUACACAUCCCAGAUCCUCCUCGCCCUGGCAUCAUCCCCCCUCUCAUGGACCGGAACAGAGAGUUUCCAUCUCGUGGGCUACUCCCUCGGCGCCGCCCUGUCCGCCGCCUUCGCCGCCUACUUCCCCCACAUGUUGCGGUCCGCCACCCUCGUCUGCCCGGGCGGGCUGAUUCGCCCCUCCCACGUCGGCUGGAAGAGCAAGCUCAUAUACUCGGAGCGCCUGCUGCCUGUGUGGUUGUCUCAUUAUCUUGCCCGGUGGAGGUUGGAGCCGCGCCACCACGGACCGAGCGCUGAUGUACCUGUGGAUGUGGAAAAUGAUGCGGAUAUAGAUUUUGACGAGGUGCCGCUCUCGCAGGCUCGAGGCGGGAGCGGUGCCAGGGUCGGAGAUGUCAUGCGGUGGCAGAUGGAGAGGAACGACGCGUUCGUGGGCGCAUAUAUAAGCACGUUGAAUAACGCCCCCAUCUAUGGCCACCACGAGGGGGUGUGGAAGCGUCUGGCUGAACGGUUAGCCGAGAGAAGGGCAGAAACAGGUUGCCCAAGCGGCUUGCCGGGUGGCAGGGUGUGUUUGGUCCUCGCCACCAGGGAUCCAGUCGUCGUCAUGGACGAGUGGCUCGAGGAUUCUCGGAAAGUCUUGGGAGAAGAGGGCGUUGACAUUCAAAUCCUGCCUGGGGGGCAUGAAAUCGCUAUCACCAAGGGCAAGGAGGUUGCGGACGUUGCGAUGAGAUCGUGGCCUCAGUGA